UGCUGAGCGGUGGUGAGUUUGUGUGUUCGUCUCGCUCUGAUCAUCAGAUCCGCCUGAAGCUGCUCCUGCUCGGUCAGCAGCUCUCCGUCUGUCCGGGGAAGUUCUGGAGAGAAGAGAAGAAACAGUCUGACGGUUCAAACUACCAAACUACCGGCUCUCCUCCUCCCGGUGGACCCGGUGGACCGAGUACAGCAGGACUUAAACCGUUAUAUUCAGCCGUUAAGCGGUAAACUACGAGUUCGCUGGAUGAGAGUUUAACGAACAUUCUUCUUCUCCGUUUGUUCGCCGAUGGAAGAGAAAAAACCGCCCUGUUCGCUGAGAUGCUGCCGGUGAAACCAGUAAAGAGAAACUACAGAUGUGCAGAGUUUACUGGCGGCUCACAACACGACUCCCAGCGCCGCCCAGCAGGAGGUCUGAGGAUCCAACGCUUAUAAAACUCAUUUAAAGUAGAACUUCCCAGGAUUCAUAGCGUUUGAGAUGCCCGUCGGUGAGAGGAAGCCGUUCUUCUUUACUGGUUUUACUGGUGAGAAAUGUGAAACAAGACAGGAAACGCUCGGCUGAUCAACAAACCUCGAGCAGCGGAAACUCGUCUUUUGGAUGUCGUUCACUUGCGACGCCUUUCUCCCGCCCGGACGACGUCGCAGAUAGCAGAGACAAAAUGUCGGCCGAAAACAGCCCGCCUCCGCCACCUCCACCGCCGCCGCCGCCACUGGCCUCGCCGCGGUCUUUCCCCGUCCUCCCUCAGCACGCCGCCCCGCCCACGCCGUCGCCGUCCCCGAGCCCGCCCGCCACCCUCUGCAGCCGGCUGUCCAACGGCAGCCAGACGGCGCCCAGCCCCACCAACUCACGGGGAUCCAUCCUGGGAGUCUCCUUCCUGGUUCAGAUCGGACUCACCCGGGAGACGGUGACCCUCGACCCCGGAGACCACUCGCUGUCCGCCGUCCGCGAGCUCGUCUGCUCCAUCGUGGAUCACAAGUUCCCUGAAUGUGGAUUUUUCGGGAUGUACGACAAGAUCCUGCUCUUCCGCCACGACCUGAACUCGGACAACAUCCUGCAGCGUCUGACCUCAGCGGAGGAGAUCCACGAAGGCGACCUGGUCGAGGUGGUGCUCUCAGCUCUCGCCACAGCCGAGGACUUCCAGAUCCGACCUCACGCGCUGUACGUUCACUCGUACAAGGCGCCGGCGUUCUGCGAUGACUGCGGGGAGAUGCUGUGGGGGCUCGUCAGACAGGGCCUCAAGUGUGAAGGAUGUGGGCUGAACUACCACAAACGGUGUGCGUUCAAGAUCCCCAACAACUGCAGCGGGGUCAAGAAGAGACGGCUGUCCAACAUCUCGCUGCCGGGCUCCGUCUUGUCUGUCGCUCGUCCCCCGUCCGCUGAGAUCGCCCCGACGCCACAGGAGGAGCAGCGCCCCCUGCUGGGCGUCGGGAAGCGUAACUCGCUGCUGUGCGGUCGUCCCAUCUGGAUGGAGAAGAUGGUCCUGGGUCGGGUCAAAGUCCCUCACACCUUCUCCGUUCACACCUACACCCGUCCCACCAUCUGCCAGUACUGCAAACGUCUGCUGAAGGGCCUCUUCCGCCAGGGCAUGCAGUGCAAAGAUUGUAAAUUUAACUGCCAUAAGAGAUGUGCGGCCAAAGUACCUCGAGACUGCCUCGGUGAGGUCGACUUCAACGGAGAACCAGCCAGUCCCGGUCUGGACUCCGAGGCCACGAUGGAGGUGGACAACUGUGACGCCAACAGCGACAGCGGUCACAGCAUGGACGAGCAGGACGACAAGCUCUUCUUCAUCGAGGGUCCCUGCACGGACGGAGAGAAGGACGACGAGACGCUCAGAGCCAUCAGCCCGUGCACCAGCAGCAACAUCCCUCUGAUGAGAUUGGUUCAGUCCAUCAAACACACCAAGAGGAAAAGCUCCACGAUGGUUAAAGAGGGCUGGAUGGUCCACUACACCAGCCACGACAACCUGAGGAAGAGACAUUACUGGAGGCUGGACAGCAAGAGUCUGACUCUGUUUCAGAACGAAAGUGGAGCCAAGUAUUACAAGGAGAUCCCGCUGUCGGAGAUCCUCCAGGUGGAGCCGGCGCAGGACUUCACCAGCCUGCCUCCGGGCAGCAACCCUCACUGCUUCGAGGUGAUCACGGCCAACAUGGUGUACUACGUCGGGGAGAACAACGGCGGCCCGCACAACCCCGUCCUUGCGGCGUCCGGCGUUGGGCGGGACGUGGGCCAGGGCUGGGAGAAGGCCAUCCGACAGGCGAUGAUGCCCGUCACGCCCAAGGCCAGCGUCGGCACCGGGCCCGGCAAGGGGAAGGACCACAAGGACGUCUCUAUCAGCAUAUCAGUGUCCAACUCACAGAUACAAGAAAACGUGGAUAUCAGUUCAGUGUAUCAGAUCUUUGCUGACGAGGUCCUCGGCUCCGGACAGUUUGGGAUCGUCUACGGAGGUAAACACAGAAAGACUGGCCGAGACGUGGCGAUAAAAAUCAUCGACAAAAUGAGGUUUCCCACCAAACAGGAGAGCCAGCUGAGGAACGAGGUGGCCAUUCUCCAGAACCUGCACCACCCGGGGAUCGUUAACCUGGAGUGCAUGUUCGAGACGCCCGAGCAGGUGUUCGUCGUCAUGGAGAAGCUUCACGGUGACAUGUUGGAGAUGAUUCUAUCCAGCGAGAAGAGCCGACUGCCUGAGCGCCUCACCAAGUUCCUGGUCACGCAGAUCCUGGUGGCCCUGAGACAUCUUCACUUCAAGAACGUCGUCCACUGUGACCUGAAGCCGGAGAACGUUCUCCUGGCCUCGGCAGACCCGUUCCCUCAGGUGAAGCUCUGCGACUUCGGCUUCGCUCGCAUCAUCGGGGAGAAGUCGUUCCGGCGCUCCGUGGUCGGCACUCCGGCGUAUCUGGCGCCCGAGGUGCUUCGCAGCAAAGGCUACAACCGAUCGCUGGACAUGUGGUCGGUCGGCGUCAUCAUCUACGUCAGCCUCAGCGGGACGUUUCCCUUCAACGAGGACGAGGACAUCAACGACCAGAUCCAGAACGCCGCCUUCAUGUACCCGUCCAACCCCUGGAAGGACAUCUCAGAGCAAGCCACAGACGUCAUCAACAACCUGCUGCAGGUGAAGAUGAGGAAGCGCUACAGCGUGGACAAGUCGCUCAGUCACCCCUGGCUGCAGGACUACCAGACCUGGCUGGACCUCAGGGAGUUCGAGACGCGGCGAGGCGAGCGCUACAUCACCCACGAGAGCGACGACGCCCGCUGGGAGGAGCACGCCGACGAGCGAGGUCUGCACUGCCCUUCACACUUCAUCAGGUCGCCCAAUCUGGACGACAUGGACGAGGACCCCUAGGGGCGCCCGGAGGAUAAAACAUUAUUCACAAGGAGGCAGCAGAUCCGAGGAUCCCGGCCUCGGCGGUCAACAGAGUCCGUGGAGACCGUCACCGUGUGAAGCUGCGGCGGCGGCGGCGGUCAGGCAGCUGUGUGACGACACUGUGACAAUAAUUCAGGUCCAGACACUUCUUACCCUUUUCCUGUUUCACUGCGUUUUUCUACGAGCCAUAACAAACUCACCCCGAGAGCCAAAACCUGGAGGGAGUUUUAUUCCCAGUGCAACAUUCAGUAAACGUCUGCGCCGCCAGUCGAGCGUCGCCAGUCGAGCGUCGCCAGUCGAGCGUCGCCAGUCGAGCGUCGGAAGGGCUACCAGCUACAAAACAAAUCCAGCUCAAAUAGCAUAUUUUUAUGACUUCGUCGUUCCGUUUUAGAUCUUAUAAAUCUGUGUAGAGUUUCUAUGUGACGCUAACUAGAGGAAACAAAUGUCUUCAUUAUGUUCUAGUUCUCCUUCUUCUUCUUCUUCUUUGUCGGGAUGUCUUUGCACUAAAUAAAUCUAUCUGUAUCUGUAUCUAUUACGGAAACCUUUAAAAAGCAGAAUUUCACUGAUUAUAACUUCUGGUUUGUUCAUCUGCAAAAGUGAACUUCUUCUUAAACCACAACGCUCGUUACGCACCAGAAAACUAAACUACUGGAUGGAUGGAAACUGGAUCCGUCGGAGAAAACAUCAUGUUGUUACUAAAACCAAAAGGGUUUAUUCUUUGUACGGUGGCCUGUUGAGGACAUCUCAGACUCUCCGCUCUUUGUACUAUGAAUGCGAAUAGUACACAACAGGAUAUUAACUUACAGUUAUCAUGUUAACAUGCUCAACAACUCAACAACUAUGAGAUAUUAAGGCAAAAUUACAAUCAUUUUCAACCCGGUAAUGUCACACGUUAAAUAUCAAUAUGUUAAAAACAAAACAAUUCAAGUAUUUUUUAAUCUGGGAGUUGUUUUUAUAGUUGUGGAUGUUCUGAUUAAUCAUGUUAACUCACAAACUCUGUUGUAGAGAUUCAGGAAAAAGCGAGCACGCUAACCUUAGAAUGCUAAAUGUCAGUAUGUAGUAUUAAGGUAGUAUAAGGACAAUUCAGGUGUUUUUAUGUGAUGCUAACUUUGCAUUUGCCACCUCCAUCGUGAAAAUCAGACAAACAGACAAAAACAAACCUCUUUAAAACUUAAAUCUUUUUGUAUAUGAGUACUCGUCAUUAGUUUCAGAGGUAUUGACUGAAUUAAGGGGAUUGUUUCGUUCUAUUUCAAACCGUUUUAUUAUUAUUAUUACAGGAUUAUUUGAAGACUCAGGACUCAUUAAACUCAGAUGAGAUUAUCCAGAUUAUUCUCCAAACAUUACACUUUUGCAGAGAAACAAACGUCAGAGUUAUUUUCCAGAGCGAUUCUCUUUGAAACUGUUUAGAAGAAGACGAGCUGAGAAUCGAGCUGCUAUCGUCUGCUAUUGUCUUUCUGUGGAAACCGAACUGUUCGUGAUCCUGAUCCCACUCCAACCUGAGAAUAUUAUUUCACACGUUUUAUAUUUUUGCAAGAAAUGUUUGUGUCAUGUGAAUGAAAAAUAUUAAAUGUUUUACUUUGGGAACAUCUCAAUCCUUACAUCCUCUUAUAUUCAGUAUUAUUUAGAGGGUUUUAUGGCAAGAUGAUGGAAGGAAUUAAAGAAAAGAAAAUACUAUUUUAAGAACUGAUAUGAGCAGAAAUCAAUGGAGCAAUAUGUUUUCUUUGAAUCUCAUUCAAAUCUUUGUACAGUUUUUUUUUACCUGCAGAAUCCUCUGGUUAGUAAUUUACCAUCUUCAAUAAACAGAGAGCAUUUGGAGAUCAUGAUA